AUGCCAAAACUGCUGGAAGGAAAUCGGGUAUGUGGUAAAAGGAAGCGUCACUUAGGCAAGACUGGUGUCAUCCUUCGGGUGUUGAAAUCAAGCAGACAGCACACGUACGAGGUUGAAUGGUCUACGGGAGUUGUAGAUAUUGUUUCUGCGCGCUCAAUUUGCAUUGAACAAAGCUCUAACGACGCUGAGCACACAAGUUCUGGCGAAGAAGUCUCCUUUGUGGAGCUUCUCCGGUCCGAAACCUCAGGUAACCAAGCUGGGUUUUCGUGUGAGUCCUCUUCUAGUGAUGAAGAUGAGGAGGAAAAUGAUGAUGCUGGCUUGGAGGGGCACUCAGAAGCCGAAGAAGACGAUACAGUCGUGGCUCACGGUCGAUUAUGGGAUAUGGGAUACGGCUAUCCCACAAACCACAUCCAACAAGCGCUCCGAAAGGUACCUAAUAAGGUGACGGUCAGCUUUGGAGACCUCCUUAACCUUUCAGUACCGACUAUUUGA